GCCAGCAGAAAUAAAAAGUCGCUGUUGUUACAACAGACUGAAGACAGUUUGGCAUAUAUGGGGCCUGCUGUCGAUAAAAAACUCUCAUAAAACAAAUUAUACAUUUGGACAAACACUACCCGGAAUCAUUUAGUGCGACACAGGGGAUUAAUGGCUGCAGUCAAUGUACGGAUCUCCUCUCAUUGUUUACAUUUCGAAACGGUAUGUUGUUGGUGUUUUUGAGGCUGUCACUGACACAGGAUCAAACCUAACCCCGCAAUGAAGACAAAUAUAGCUAAAUGAGUGUGAAAAGAUUAUCCGUGAGACAGUACAAGUCGACCAGCGGCGAACUAGCCCUGUGUGCUAACUAUCCCAGCUCCAUCUUUCCUGUGUCGCCCGCUGCUCCAGAGAUGGCAAGUUAGUCUUCACCUUUUGUUUGGCUUUCCUCCCGCUCGGAUCUCAAGGACACCCAAAUGACUGAGGAGGUAUAGCGCCAGGUGAGCCUGAAGGCCAGACAAAAUCUUCGUUUGAGCAAUAUCACAGGGUGCACGAUGUUUAGUGUACCUCAAAGCUCCAAGUCCGAGUUCCUGGAUAAAGCCAGGCAGGCCAGGGAGGAAAGGAAAGGACAGAAGGACAAGGAGAAAGCAGCAAUCCACAUCCAAGCCCUGGUCAGAAGAUUUCUCUGUCGCUGCCGACUCCAGAAGCAAAUACGGAAAGAGGUUGAUGACUAUUUUCAAGCCUCUGAAACUGGGACAACAAAAAGAAAUGCACUUUCAAUUUUCAAAAUAGCUCGGAAAUUACUAUUUGUAUAUCGCCCAGAGGAUAAGAUGAGGUUCGAGAAGCUCUGUCGUGCAAUCCUUGCCAGCAUGGAGGUUGAAAAUGACUCUAAAGUCUGGUAUGUUUCCUUGGCUCUCUCCAAAGACCUCACCAUCCCCUGGCUCAAACAGAUAAAAGACGUGCUAUGGACUUGCUGUCAACUACUUAAAAAUUUAAAGCCUGACAUACUUCAGGACAAUAAAUUGGUAACGCUGUACCUCACCAUGCUGGUGACCUUCACGGACACUUCAACCUGGCGGAUAGUCAGAGGGAAGGAAGCUCUCAGACCUGCUUUGACAAGGAUUUGUGAAAAUAUAAUGGGCCAUCUGAAUCAAAAGGGAUUCUAUUCAAUACUUCAGAUCUUGCUGACCAAUGGCUUGGCUCGUUCUAAACCGUCUCUCUCCAAAGGCACUCUAACAGCUAUCUUCUCUUUGUCAUUACGGCCAGUCGUUGCUGCUCACUUUUCGGAUAACCUGCUAAGAUCCUUCCUCCUUCACAUCAUGUCAGUCCCAGCUGUCGUAUCUCACCUCAGUGUGCUUACCCCAGAGUGUAUGGCAUCCAUCCAGACGCAUGACCUGCUUCGGAAGUUCAUUCUGUUUCUCAGCCGAGAAGAACAGUGUUUGGACAUCUGUGUGUCUGGGUCAGAAGACGGGCCUGGGUCACAGUGA